AUAUAUAUAUAUGCAUAUGUAUAGUAAAUCAUAGUGUACACACAUCAAAUUGUAUUGUUGAAGGAUGUUCAAGUUGGAGGCGCUGUAUAGAAUAUCAUCUUUUAGCAUUAUCCGUUGCAUUGUGUAUAUACUUGUUAAUGAUAAGGUUAAAACGUUAUGAUGAAUUUACAUCGAUACAUAGUAAAGACUUUAUUGAAACGUUAUUGGCGAACAACCAUGAAUUGGACGUUAAUUCGUUUGAAAAGUAGAGGACAUCCAACUGCUGGAAUAAUCGUAAUUGGAGAUGAAAUUUUAAAAGGGCAAGUAAGAGAUACCAAUUAUUUUUAUGCAUGUAAGCUGCUUUAUAAAUAUGGAGUCAAAGUUGAAAAAAUUGCAGUCGUACGAGAUGAUCUUCAAGAUAUCGCGAACGAAAUAAAAUAUUUUUCUAAAAUGUUCAAUUAUGUUUUUACAUCAGGUGGUAUAGGGCCAACUCACGAUGAUCUUACAUUUGAAGCUAUAGCAUUGGCUUUUAACGAUACAUUACAUUAUCAUCCAACAUUAGUGGAUAUUAUAAAAAAUUAUUUUGACUUACAAGACUUGUUUGGAACAUUUCCUUUGCCUGCUUAUAAAAUGGCAUACAUACCAACAAAAUCUGUACUUAAAUUUGGAACAGACGAAGUUACAGGCAAACUACUCACUUAUCCAUACGUAAUAAUAGGAAAUGUUUAUAUAUUUCCUGGUUCACCUAUAUUUUUUGAGAAAUCUUUUCAAACGUUAUGCAAGGAAUAUUUUUCUUCUUGUAAAAAAUUCACGACAACCGAAAUUUAUAUAAAUGCGAAAGAAGAAUCGUUCGCGGAUAUUUUAAGCAAAGUUGCAUUAGAAUGUUCAAAUGUUACUUUUGGCUCGUAUCCGGAACUUAACAGGUAUUACAAAGUGCGUGUAAUUAUUGAAAGUGAGAAUGAAAAGGACAUUCAAAGGGCAAAAAAAAUGUUUUGUGAUCGUGUACCGUCAAAAAUUUUGAUAAAUUAUGAUCGAACACCGCAUGUGGAUUGCUUAUUGAAGUACGAAACGUUAAUUGAAAAAUCUCAGCAUCGAUCAGUUUAUGAAUAUUCCUUCAAGAAAUUCGUAAAUUACUAUGAAAAACCUGAAGAAGUUUGGAUAUAUUUGGAUGGUAGCGAAGAAUCAGUCAUUAUGAUACAUCUUGCUCGUGUCGUUAGCAGUAAAUUGCGAUAUAAUUCAAAGAUGAAAUUGCGUGCAGUUUGUCUUGAAUCCGAUAUUUUAAAAUCGGAAAUAAGUCAAUUUUUUAAUGAAAUUGAGGAUAUGUACAAUGUCGAUUUAUUCAAGUUAGAGGAAAAUAACAUUGCUCAUGCAAUAAAAAAUUUUACCUUAUUAAAACCGGAAUUACGAAAGUUAUUAGUUGGGAAACGGUUGAACAGUAACAAGAAGAAAAUUUAUACUAAUCUUGAACAAUUAAAUGAAGAGUUUAUUUCCACAAAGUUUAUACAUUUUCCUCUUAUCAAUUGGACAGACAAAGAUGUUGAAAAUUUCUUUAAUCCUCUCUUUUUACCUUACUAUAUGACAAAAAGUUAAAUGAUAAGAGGAUAAUGAUAACAGAAUGGAUGACAGUGUGUCUGUUCGGAAAUUGAGAGAUGAAUCAAGGCAAGAGGAUCAAUGGAGAAGAAAAUUAAUUUU